AUGUCAUCAACUUCACCUUCUUUACAAAAUAUUCAACGUCAACAUAGAGAACAAAAUUCUUCAAGUGGAAAAUUUCAUAUUUUCUUGUGUUUUGCUGCUGCUAUAUUAUUAUUAUUUGGUAUUUUUGAGUCAUAUAAAACUUUUGGAUUUAUCACUCGUCAAUGCCAAGUUAAAUCCAUUGAUUUAGUAGAGGACAAUGAUGCUUUUUAUCCACGUUGGUUAGUUAUGGUAAUGUAUAAAAAUCAAACAAAAAGCGGCACGCUAUAUAUGAUGCUGAGACGAUGUCGUGAAGUAAAAUCUGAAAUUACAAGACAACAGCAACAACAAGAAGAAAUACUAUUAAGAAGUGACGAACGACAGCAGCCAAUAGCACCUCCGGAAAGUCCAUCUCCUCCCUAUGAAAAAGUAGUACAACCGUCUACGGAAAGAUAA